AUGCAGGCCUGUGACCGAUGCAAUCGGCGCAAAUCCCGCUGUAGCGGCGACCGACCGUGUUGCAGGCAGUGCCAGAAGUCCAAGAACACAUGUGUCUACACGGACCGCGCCAGGAAUGCAGCGAUUCUGGCCGAGCGGUUGGCGACGCUCGAGAGCAAACUGAAAGAGUCGGAGGCAGCGAGGGAGACGUUGGCAGCUCAACUGGCCCAAGCCCAAUCGCAGGCACGCGGGGCAGCCACUGCACCAACCACUGCCACCACCACCGCCGCCACCACCGGAGUGGCUGCCGACAGACCUUCUCGCGCGGACAUAGUCAACGAAGUGUCCUUCUUUGCGUCUACUGCAGCCGGGGACCGCCACUACCUGGGCUCAACGAGCGGGGUGCUGUUCGCGCAUCUUGUGCUCCCCGAGGCAGAGGAAAGCAUCGUGGAAACCUGUCCAACCGCGGUGCCGGAAGCGUGCUCUCGAGACAACUCUUCCAACACAUACGCUGAUGUCGGUCCUAAGUGUGCCUCAUCAGAGACCCUUCCGGCGGAUGUGCUAGCCAGGAAGCUGGUUGGGGCCUAUCUUGGUCACGACCAUCUGAGAUACCCAUUCCUCGAGCCGGCCUUCCUCCGCUCUACCCUUGAGAAGAUCUAUACCGAGCGGGCGUUCGACCGCGUCUCGGCCUUCGAAUGGUUUGCCUUCGACAUGGUUCUCGGCAUCGCUAAGCUGCACGAGUACAAGUCGGACUGGCAGCAGACGCCGCCGAGCGCGGCAACACACCAUAUCAAGGCAAUGUUCCACAUCAAGGAAGUUCUCCGCUCAGGUGGCCUCCAGAGUCUCCAGGCAAUUCUGCUUCUGAUUCAAUACCGCACUAGCAGCCCGGUUCAGGACACCUCGGCAAGUUUGUGGCACCUGGUCGGUAUAGCCACCAGGAUGGUCUAUGAGUUGGGACUGCACCGUGAGGCAUCUUACCAUACUGUGAGUAGUACAAUGCCUCGAACGCGGCAAGCACAUCAACAGCAUGCAAUCCGCCGCCUAUGUUUCUGGUGUGUCUUUGCUCUGGACAGAGUCGUCAGUAUCACACUAGGAAGACCACUGGCUAUGAAUGCGGAUGACUUUGACGUCCACCUGCCGUCAUUGUCCACCACAACGACUGAGACUGCUGCUGACGCUGGAGAAUCAUAUGAAGCGCAGGACCCGGCGCAAGCCGAGAGCUCCCUGCCUAUAUUCGUACAUUUCGUCCAACAUAUGAACAUCUGCGGCAACGUGAUGCGUCUUCUUCAUGGAGUCAAACCCAUCCAGAGCGACGACACAGUGCUCACCCUGAGAAACCAUCUGAUGGCAGAUCUGGACCAGUGGCGCCAAAGUACUGCAGAGUUGACGCAUUUCUGGCGGAAUAGUGACGCCGGUGAGACGUCGUCAUCAUGCUUCCGAUGCCGAGAAUGGUAUGAAGUCCUCUACCAUAAUGCAAUCCUCCUGGCUCUUCGACCGUCGCCGACAGGAUCCGAAGCGCUCCAAGACUCUUCAACAUUGCAGAGAAUCUUCGACUCGUCAAAACAAGCGGUCAGGCUGUAUGCACAUCUCUACGAAUCAAGGAGACUCAACUAUUCGUGGAUAACGUUGCAUUCCGUCUUCAUGGCGGGCUUGUCGUACAUCUACGCCGUGGCUCACCACUUUCAAGCGCGAAGAAACAAGCCUGGGAACUUUGGGAACUUGCUCAGCCAUGACCCUACUGUGGUGGAAAUUGCCACAGACACCAGAGCAUGUUCCAACAUCCUCGUCGCGGUCUCGGAGCGUUGGAACCUCACGAAGCGAUGCCACAAGGUCUUUGACCAGCUGAGUGAUGCCAUCCUGGCAGAAGCUGUCAAGCCGUCGCGACAAUGCGGCUCCAAACAAGCGGCUGACCAUGUCGAUGUUAUCAACAAUGAUGCUGCCGGCCCACCUCUACAAGACGGCCACAAUGAAGACUUGGCCCGGUAUCAAAGUCAAAGUAUGCCACUGGUCGGCAACGGCUGGCAUCAUCAGUGGUUUACAAGUGACAUGUCGGGGGAUUCCAUGGCUGCUUCUUCAAACAACAUGUUCAAUUCUCAGCCGCCAACUUUGGACAUGGACCUAGAAUUCCGAAACUGCUUUGGGGAUCUGUUAAAUUCAUACACUGCUUAUCCCUUCAUCAGCGAGCUCGACUUCCAAAGUCUUCAUGGCUGGCCAGCAACCGCAUCAGGCUGGUUCUAG